AUGGAAACUCGCACACGAGUCAUUCUUUGUGAUUUGGAAAUGUACCACGAGGAUGCUCCCAAGCCCACCGUCGCUGAUUUGAGAUUACUUUUGAAAAACAAGCUCGGAGCAAAACCUCGUCAUGCUUUUUCAAACAAAUUUAUGAAAUCAACAAACAAGUCUUUUCAUAUCCAUGGUGAAAUGGGAGAAAUGGUGGAGUAUUUUCAAAUAUCAUAUUCUAAUGAGCAAAUUUUAGUUGUUAGCUCUAAAGCACAUAGUACUGACUCUGCUACAUUUUAUGUUUUUGAUCUGUAUUCAAAAAGAUUACUUCAAUUCCUCAGACUUAACUUUUACAUCUCAGUGAUUCUGGUAGAAGACAAGCCACUAAUCGAGGGAGGUGAUAACCUGCUAAUGACAAAUUUUGAAACUAUUUACAAAUUUAAUUUGAGGGAUAUCUUGGACACAAAAACAGGGCACAAAUCAAAACCUCAAUGGACAACAACCAUCCCAACAGUUGUGGGUAGUGACAUACCAUUUAGAGGUGUUAGAGGCAUGUCCAUUCAAUACGCAACAUGUGACUAUGGAAAAACUCAAAACAUACUGUACGCAACAGAUUUUUCGAGAGGUCAAAUUGUUGUGCUCAGAUGCUCCGAUGGCAAACUGUUAAAAGCGAUAACUCACUCCGCCAUUCAUUCCCCCUGGGCUAUGGACUUCAAUGCAAGAGGUGAAUUACUUGUCAGCGAUUUCAGAAGGAAUGAAAUUCAUGUUUUAAAGUGUACAUUGGAUAGCGUUCAACUCUUGAAAUCAUUUGGAGAAAAUGAGUUGCGAACACCAAGGCAGGUCAUAGUAGACCAAGUGACACAAAAUAUUAUGGUAUAUUGUCAAGAGACUAGAAGUAUUUGUGUGUACGAUAGACAUGGUAAUUAUUUGACCAGUAGUGAAUCUUCUUUGACCUUGGGUAUACUUCAAGAUCGAUUGUGUUUCGACCAUUUCACAGGCGAGUUAUUAGUUCUGGAUCGAUUAACUCUAGAUGUUGAUGUGUUGGAAUAG